GACUGGGUGAGAUCGUAUGAAGUGAAUGACGUAAGCCGGUCUUGGCCGCUGCUAUUUCCAAAUUCUCGGCGACGACAGCAUCAUCAACCGACACAGUGACAGUGUGCAUUGAUGUCCACUCGACCAGACAAAAACCAGCGGACGCUGGCGGAACUCUUGACGCGUCCUGGGAACGACAUUUGUGCAGAUUGUAGGGGUCGCGCACCGAGAUGGGCGGUGUGGAAUAUUGGUGUCUUCGUGUGUGUCAGUUGCGCCAGCAUUCACCGUAAGUUAGGGACCCACAUAAGCAAGGUUAAAAGUGUCACUUUGGACACAUGGACAAAGGAUCAGGUGGAGAGCAUGAAAAACAUGGGAAAUUCCAAGGCUAACUCGACUUACAAUCCUGAUGAGCGGAAAAACCCACCACCCACAAAUGCUGACGAGUCCGAUCGAGGAAGUGAAAUGGAGAAAUUCAUUCGAGACAAAUACCAGUAUAAGAAAUUCAUGGCUCCCGUCAAAUCUUCACCAUCCCCUUCACCGCUCGCACCCCUUCCGAAAGACCCCGUCCCUGGACGUACUGGCGGGGUGAGUCUAGGUUCACACUCCGACCUAGAAGAUGUUAUCCAAGUUAUCCGCGCCCCAUCGCGGGCGAAAAGCACCCCCAUCGUAUCAUCAACCUCGCUCUCUGGGAGAGGAGCAAAUGUGCUGUCGCCUCCUAGUCCUGCACUUCCACUACGCGGGUCGUCGGGGGCUCAGCGUGAACGCGUAUUCGGCAGUGGAACCUUGCCUUUCAGACCUUCGACGGCCUCUGCCCUUGAGCCCCCGGCGCCGAGUUCGAGAUACACUCAACCAUCCCCACGACCAACCUCAUCAAACGGACCUUUGGCACCCAAUAGCCAACCUCCGCUUCAGUAUCUAUCACCAUUCACUUCCACAGUCCCGUCGUCUGCAUUACCAUCCUCCAGCCCUCUGUGGCAUGACAUGAUGUCACUUUCGCUUCAAGAAACGGUGCCCUCAACGACGAAUGCCCAGCUACCAUUUGCGACCUCGGGGUCAACCUCCGGGACUUUUGGUUCCCCAUUUGGCGGUACCACCUCACCUACGUCCACUUCAUUGGCAACCCUCCGUCCCUCAGGCGAUAUCCUCGGGAUUGGCACCCAACGAAGCUUCAGCAUGCCGUUCACUUUGUCCCCAUCUACCGCAGGCGCAUCAGCAUUUGGAGGGGGCGUAAGUAGUGCGAGCGGAAGCUCCUUGAAUCCUUUCUCAUCUGUGUCGGCCCAUUCCAGCGGGAGCUCGUUCGGAAGUGGUUCACACCUCCAGCCGCAGCACACCUCGAUGUCAUUGGGGUCCACUGCAUUCCUGGGGGCGCGUGCUUCUGGGCUUGGUGCAUCCGCUUGGGGUGCUGGUGCUCCACCGUCGACACCACCGUUUGGUCAGAAUGGGUUAGCGUCGAUAGGCGUGCCAAACUCAAUCAUGCCCCCUUCAUCACUUGGCCAGCCGGGCUUUGGUAUUGGUGCGAACAAUGCAUUUGGAACCAUUGGCGGAGCUUCGUCCAGUCCAGCCUUUCAACAGUCUUAUCAAUCGAGCACCCUGGGCUCGCCGUUCUCUUCUAGUCUGUCACCUACCUCGUCUUUCCAGGGGCAUUUGGAACAACUUCAUCCCCAACAUCCUCGUCUCCAUUUAGUGGCGUGGAUGCCCAGACGUCAUUCGCACAGAGUAUGCUGCCUGCACACUUGAAAGGCAACUCGCCAGUUGCAUCAAGGAACAACACUGGGACGAAUCCGUUCGGUACAGGGCAAGGACGCGCAGGCAACAAUCAAUCUCCCUUUGGAGCGUUUGGAGGUGCAUUCUGAGCCCUUCCCUGUCUGUGGAAAGUGUUCAGGUUACGUCAGCGACGUCAUUGUAGUGAUCAACCAAUUUUAUUGGUUAAGCUGCAAUGAAUGGAAUGAAUCUCUUUGACUUGUAUUCUUUAUUUUAGGUUCCAAAUGAUGCCGAUGUCGAGGUUACCCGCACAGCAAGUCACUUGUGAAGUUUCGUAAAACGUCCAGACUUCGCUAUAGGGUAAGGGUUGACACAUGGAUAUGAAGAAAACACGCGCCGCGUCGCGGCAACCACAGCCCACAUCAGG